AUGAACGAGCCAAACCCCUCCGGAUCGCAGGGUCCAACACCAAGCAAUCAGUUGUACGAGCGCAGCAGUACCACAUCUCCUGAUCUACCCCCGGGCGCUCUUCCCAUAGCCGGGCCCCUUGAUUCCACUCUCCUGCAAGAGCUUCUCGAGGAUAUUGAGGGAGAACCAUCAGAUAUCUCCAAGAUGUUCUGGAUGGGCCCGGGAUAUCCACAAAGCCACAUUGACGAGGCAGAGGAGAAGAUGGAGCAAAUUUAUAAAGAGUGUGCGGACAUGGAGGCCGAGAUGGAGAAAGAGAAAGCAGAGAGGGAAGAGAGAAUGCGGUUGCAGAUGGAAGCACAGAAUGCGCGCUGGGUACAGGAAGACAGUAGAGCGAACACCGACAAGGUGCUGGAGUCGCUCAUGCCUGUACUGAGCGAGGACACGUCGGCAAAGGAUGAGCCAGUGUGUGAUCUGCAGAGCGUCAUGGCGCUGUACGCCGUCUAUCUGGAGCUUUCCCGUGAGGAUGGCGGCUACCUUGGCUUCGAGGGCUUUUGUAUCAUGUUUGAUAUCAUAUGGUACUAG